GAGGAAAAGUAAGGGAAGGCAAGGCGACAAGGUGGGAGGGCGUAAGUCGCGGGGGAAGAAGAGUAUGCGGGGGGGGCACAGCGGUCAAGUAAGAGGCACCGGGGGGGGAGGAGGAGGGGAGUGAGGAAUCACCACCCAGGGUCACCACUCCUCGUCUGGUAUGCUUAGUGCGGCCCGCGUGAUGUGAGUGAGUGCAGCGCGUCCACGAAAGGCCAAGAGAAAACAGGUCCGAGAAAGGAGUGGAAACCUAGAUACACGGUACAGCCUUCAGUCACACAUUGCCUCAUCAGUGCUCGUUUAUCUGACCUCCAUGUGCCAAUGUGCAGAAAAGUAUGCUUGAUGAAUAUACUAGAAAGUGUUGAUGAGUGUAGCUGUGGAUGGAGUUGUAACUUAAAGGUAUGAGAGGAUGAAAUAAGUUGAUCUAUUUGGAUGGCAGAGCAGCGAUCUUACCUUUACCUGCGUCCAUGAUAUCAGCAACAGACGGGAGGCCCACCUCAGAUGCCGCCCACGAGUCAAACACGCCGACGCACGCCACACCACCCAUUCACCAUCGCCUCUACUUCAACAAAGCAUCCAUUUAAUUUCAUUCUUGAAUCUGAAAACAUUAUUUCGCCCUUGCCGAUGAGUUACAUUUAGAAGAGCAGCAACACUCGCUGCUAAGCCCGUGCCCAUUAAGUCCUGUGGAUAAACUCACUCCCACAUUAAAAUCUUUCACCUCCGGAGCCACCCCGACCCUCCGUUAUAGCUUCUCGCGAGAUCACUUUCAACGCUCUGGGGAAUAAGAGGAUUAGAAUUCCAAAAAGUUUGAGACUGAAAUGGAAGAAUCAAGUAACUCCCAAAACUUUGCCGGGGUAGUUAACCUUAGGAAGACCUCGAUGGCCUCCAGCCGUCACUACCUCGCGCACAAACGGAGGGUUAGGAAAGAUUCCCCGUUGAGGAGAGGCUCAGAGCUGCCUCUGUCCUUCAGGAGGAGUUCACUAGACAGGAAGACGUACAAACGAAAGAUAAAAGUCAACAAUGUUAAUGAAUUGAAACCAAAUAUGCCUGAAGUAUUUAGGAUCACACCUCACACGCCGUAUACUAGCGAGGAGGCGGCCGAGGGGAAGACCGGGAACUCUUCGGGAAGUGAUUCGACCCAGGAGGAAAAUGAUAAAGGAACUGAAAAGAGAGAGCAGAAGGAAGAAAGAAUACCGUCUACUGACAGUCAGUACCUCAAGACAAAGAGUGUAACAUCGUGGGUCACCGAGAAUGAUCAGCGUCCAACGCGAUACUCGGCGUUCGAGGACAAGGAGAAACCUUUCUUGCCACAGACUGGGCUGUUUGGAGAGAUGCUGAAACGUCCGUCUCUCCCACGCACACCCUUCUGGCAGACACCUUGGUUUAACGAGGAGUGGGUGGAUCUACGUGAUGAACAGAGAACCAAGUCUGAAACGAGUCAGGAGGAUGAGUCGAACUUUGCCAAUAGAUUGAAGGGAGAACCGAGUACAACCUCUGAGAAUUACGAAAAGGACGUGCAGGGGACGACGGAAAAUAAGUAUGUGAGCAAGAUUAAAUUCACGCAAGAUCUCGGUGCCGUAAACCAGGAGCCAGUCUUCAAGGGAACCGUCUGGAACACUCUCAGAACUGACGUCAAAAAAGUAUUCUCAGACUUCAGCACCAAACUCCUGCGGCCUCCCUCCAGCGACGUGAUGCACAUGAGGCCGCUAAUGCGAGGAGACCAAGAAAUGUUUCACUUUGGCAAGGAAGACCAAGAAACAUCCAUGCCUACGAGUAUAGUAAAGCCUGUUGUCAAACACAGCAGCUCGAAAGUCGUGCCCGCCGGGGAUCCUGAAGCGCUCCCUAUUAACAAAUAUGUCGACCACUCCCUGGAUCGACAGACAGUCACUACACCUGACGUCACGCCUAUGGAGGACAGCACCUCCACCACUACUAAAUCGGUGAGUCGGCAGAAGCGCGCCUCCUUCCCUCAUGCUGCUGGAGGCCACGGGGCACCCACACCCUGCCUGCCGGGGACCCACUGGCUGCCAUCAUCCUCGCCGGCCUGUAGUCGGCACCUUUUAGGGGUACUAAGGUCGAUAACGAAAACGAGGAAGGGACAAAAUUGAAGUCCCUGUAAUUUCAGUGAAGAUCAAUAUCUCUCUUUUAUUGACCCCCAGCCUCCUUUCCUCUGUGCUCUGGCGAGGGUUGUUUUUCUGUGAUCCGUGACGUCAUCUAUCUAUUGUGAUCCUUGUUGAUAUUGAGUGGCGGAGGCUAAGGCAGGAGUAAGUGGGCGAGGCAAGCGACGCCCUCGUUACCCACGUGAACCUCCAGAUAUUUCUUAAUGGAUGGCCCGUGCUUGGGUUAACGAGUGGACAUGAUACCAUAAACAACAAACAGCCUCACUCACUUGCUCUCCUUUCAUCUCGGCGCCCUCGAUAUGCUGCCGUGGCUGGGGUCGUCCUGAAGCCGGACGGGCCAGGGCACUGUGAUUGGGACUCGAGAUAUGGCGAAAACUUAAUAGCAGGUUAGGUUUAGAUACCAACCAAUGGACGUGGACCAACCACACGUACCUUCCAAACCAGCU